CGAUCGCCCUCACCACCGCGCAAGUUCGUAGAGCCAUUGUCGCCAGCCAGACCGAGACCAAUCGAGCCGCAUUUCAACUACCCAGCCAUCAACAACCAUGUGGACUUCCAGGUGCGCCCGGAGCAGCCUUUCACGGCCACGCCAGAGGGAAGAGAUAGAAGUGGUAGCUACAGGAGCGGUCAUCAUCGUACUCCCUCCACCAUAGACACCUUGGCCGAAGCAGCGCUUGCGUUGAGCCCGUCGCAUGCGUCGCACGCCAGUCCCACCUUCAAUAGCUACAGCCAUGUGCCAAUUGCGACGAAUGGUCAUGGACAUCACGAGCCACCACACAAACGCGCUCGGUCGGAGGUGUAUCAUACCCCAAUGGUUGGCCAGUAUGCCUCUCGACCUGCCACCAGCUACGAACAGUCUCAAGGAUGGGCGCGAGGUGCUGGUCAACAGCCGUAUGCGGGACAUACACACGAUCGAUCUCUUGAAGAAGCUGCAUUGUUACUCAACUUUCGAACUAAUGUAAAUCCCCAUUCCCGGCCGGAGGAAGAAACCUCUCGCGCUACCAGCAUGGACGUAACGGCAAGUGAAACAUCAGAGUCGACGAGUAAGCUGAAGCGAGCUUCCACUAAAGGCAAAUCGCGUGCCUCUUCGGGACGAAAGAGCAUUGCAGAAAGGGCGGCGUCUGGAAGGGUGGCAUCACGGAAGAAGUCCUCUUCUGCUCGAUCCAGAGCUGCUAGGCAGGCAGCGCGAGAGACCAGCACUGAUUGGGACCUUCGACCCAAUCUCAAUCGUCGAAAGAGCUUCAAUGGCUCGGCGACUGUGAUCGAGCAUAAAUCUGUGGCAGGACAGGCUGGAACUCGUUCUCAAUCUGUCCCGCCUGACACACCCAUGGUAAUUCGACCAGCGUCGCCUUCCAAAACUCAUCGCAGAACCAAGGAAGUCACGUCUGAGACCAUUUGCGCCGGGUGCGAGGUUGCCAGACAGACCACAAAGGCCAAUCCGGAAGUCGAUGCCUGGGUAUCUUGCAAUGGUUGCAAGAAGUGGUUCCAUAUUGAUUGUGCUGGAUUCAAGAAAGCCAGCGAAGUGCGGGAUGUUGACAAAUUCUUCUGCGCACCUUGCGAGCCGACUCAUGGAAAGACUACUUACGUGCGCAAGAGCACACGCGCUCAUGCGCAAGUUGAUUACUCCGAACUGCAGCGCGGAGUGUUGAAGACCAGUGAAGAGAGCAUGGAGCACCACUACAUUCAGCCAAUCAAGGACGGCAAAUUUAAAUUCGAUCCUGAGAGCUUCCCUCGCAUGCGGCCGGAAUUGGUGACGAGAGAGUUCUUUGAAAAGAGUGGCACCUUCACCGAGCCCAUCUGCAUACCAGCUGAAUUUAAUCCGCGACCAUGGCUAAAGCGAAGUCAACGUGAUGGUCAAGAGAGCGUGUCAGCCGAGAACGGCGAUGCCAUGUCUGACAUUGCGCUCGACGAGUACGAAUAUGACACUGUGAAAGAUGAUGGUCAGGACAAGCUCGACAUGGUAAUGCCGGAAGAUCUUACCGUUCGCCAAGUCUGCAAUCUGGUUGGGCCAGAGACACCGCUUGAUGUGAUCGACGUCAAAACACAGAAUUCCGGAGCGAAAUGGACGCUCGGGAGAUGGGCAGAUUAUUACGAAGAACAAAAUGACGACAAACCCAUACAGAACGUCAUUUCUCUUGAGGUCUCGCAAUCAAAGCUUGGACGGAUGUUGCGACGACCUAAGAUCGUGCGCGAUAUCGACCUGCAAGAUGAAGUAUGGCCACAAGAAGAGAAAGACAAAGGCAAGUGGCCCAAGGUGCAAUACUACUGCCUCAUGUCUGCGGCGGACAGUUAUACCGAUUUUCACAUCGAUUUCGGGGGCAGCAGUGUGUACUACCACAUCCUGCGAGGCAAGAAGACGUUCUUCUUCAUCCCACCGAAAGCGAAGCAUCUGAAGGCCUACGAGGAAUGGAAUGACAGUCCAGAACAGAACUACACUUUCCUGCCUCUCAUUACCGGAGAGUGCUACCGGGUAGACCUCCACGCUGGCGACACGAUGCUGAUUCCAUCCGGAUGGAUUCACGCAGUCUGGACACCUGCCACCAGUCUUGUGAUUGGUGGCAAUUUCUUGAACCGAAUGUCUUUCCAGAAUCAGUUCAAGGUGGCUGAGAUUGAGAAAGCUAACGAGACGCCGAUGAAGUUUCGGUACCCAUUCUUCCAGAAGAUCAUGUGGUAUACGGCAAUCAAAUAUUUGAAGGAUGACCCUCUACCGCAGGCGGUAUCACAGGCAUUCUACGACGGCAAGAGAUACGACCGGCAGGUACCACUGUGGGCAGAUUUCGACGGCGAAAUCGCGGCCAAGGACGAACGGGCAGGAGGCAAGAAUGCGCGAUACUACGGCCAAGCAGAGCUUGAUGGUCUGCCAGACUUGGUCAACUUCAUCUUCCGCACCGUCAUGCUGGUCUUGGGGCGCAUUGAAGGCGUCACGGCCGACCGCAUGAAGCGCGUCAAUGCAUCCAUCCCAAAAGGGCAUGGUGAGCCGCUUGAGAUCGCCAAGACCUUUGCCCUGUGGGUCGCAUGGAAGCGCGGAAACGAGGAUCCUCCCGCCUGGGCGCACCCUGACGCCGUCCUGCCGAACAGCAAAGAAGAAGGCGCGCCCAAGAAAUUUUCGCAGCGAGCGCUCAAGGAGAUGGAGCGCAAAGAAGCCAUCGCUGCAUGGCGGGUUGCGCCGGACAGACAGAGCGAGCGCGUCCGGAAUGCCGCUGCCGCCGUCGCCGCCGCUAGGACUACUAGCGUGCCGAAUCCGAGCAAUAGCGUUGUGGCAAAUAUGGCCGCCACGGCAUCCGCGGUCGCGCCUCCGAUGGCUUUUAUGAUGAACCCGAUGCCCGGUCAGCAUUUGAGCACCCCGAAAACUUCUGUACUGGGGCCCAAGCGCGUUGCAUGUGAUGCAUGCAGGAAGCGUCGAAUCCGCUGCAAGCACAAGGACAUUGUGACCAUGAUGGGGGAUAUUCAGAGUCCAGGGGCUCUCCAGCAGAUGACACCAGGUGCGCCAUUGAGCAGUAGUCAGGACCUCGACGAGAACAUCACUGUCACGCCACCCAAGACUAACCAUCAUUUUGCCCCAGAUUCCAAUGGAUCGCAUCAAAAUGGCAUCAAUGGCAACGGGCCUCUGCCAGGCACAAAUGCAUAUAUCAAUGCGAAUAUUCCCAUGACAAUGAAUGGGGUGCCGAUCUUUGGCGAAGCUCAGAAGCGAGGUCGAACCAAGGCCUGUUUCGAGUGCAGGAAGUCAAAGCGACGCUGCGUCCACGACGAGAAUGGCAACGUGGAUCCCAUCAAAGCAGCUGAGACGCCUGUCCCUCGAGGUUCAAAUGCUUCGAAAAAGCGACCGCCUGGCGAGGAGAGCACUCCAAUCCAACCUAAGAAGAAGCUGAAG